CGAACUAAAAAAUAUCGCGGAAUAAAACACGCUGGUGGUCGGCGGCGAUGACUUUACGGUUGUUUAAAGUAGUCAAACUUCUUCUCAAACUCAAGACAAAUCAUUUUAAAAAUAUAGUUCAAAGCUACAGAGAAACGCAUCUAGAUUAGAUUUGUGUCCACAGCAAAAGAGAGAGAAAAGAGAUGGCGUCAGUGGAUUCUCGAAGUGGUUUCUGCAACUCGAACUCCACUUUCUACAGCAAACGGAAGCCGAUUCCUCUCCCGCCUAAUCCCUCCCUCGACGUCACGACUUUCAUAUCCUCUCAGGCUCAUCUCGGCCGUACCGCCUUCAUCGACGCCUCCACCGGCAAAAACCUCACCUUCGCCGAGCUGUGGCGCGCCGUGGAGUCCGUCGGCGACUGUCUCUCCGACAUGGGGAUCCGCAAGGGCCACGUCGUCCUUCUCCUCUCCCCUAACUCCAUCUUGUUCCCCGUCGUCUGUCUCUCCGUCAUGUCGCUCGGCGCCGUCAUCACCACCACGAACCCUCUCAACACCGCCGCCGAGAUCGCCAAACAGAUUAAAGACUCGAACCCCGUGAUCGCCUUCACCACGGCGGAGCUCCUCCCCAAGAUCGCCGCCGCGUCGGGAGGAUCCAAGAAGAGGCUCCCGAUCGUGCUCAUGGACGAGGAGCGAGUUGACUCGGCGGGGGAGGUGAGGAGGUUGGCGGAGAUGAUGAGGAGGAAGCCGAGUGGGACCCGAGUCGCGGAGCGAGUUGACCAGGACGACACGGCGACUUUGCUUUACUCUUCCGGAACCACCGGGAUGAGCAAAGGAGUGGUCUCUUCUCACCGGAACCUUAUCGCGAUGGUGCAGACCGUCGUGAACCGGUUUGGAUCUGACGUUGGAUCUCAGGGAGAGCAGAGAUUCAUCUGCACGGUCCCUAUGUUUCACAUCUACGGCUUGGCGGCGUUCGCCACAGGGCUGCUCGCUUACGGGUCGACGAUCAUCGUUCUCUCCAAGUUCGAGAUGGGCGAGAUGUUGUCGGCGAUAGGGAAGUACCAAGCGACGUAUCUCCCUCUCGUGCCACCGAUCCUUGUGGCGAUGGUCAACGGCGCGGAGCAGAUCAAUGCCAAGUACGAUCUGAGCUCUCUGCAUACGGUUUUGUGCGGAGGAGCUCCGUUGAGCAAGGAGGUCACGGAGGGGUUCAUGGAUAAGUAUCCAACGGUCAAGAUCUUACAAGGGUAUGGGUUGACCGAGUCAACGGGUAUAGGAGCUUCAACGGAUACUGUUGAGGAGAGUCGGAGAUACGGCACCGCUGGGAAAUUGUCGGCAAGCAUGGAGGGGAGGAUCGUGGAUCCGGUUACGGGUCGGGUUCUUGGACCGAACCGUACCGGUGAGCUCUGGUUAAAGGGUCCUUCCAUUAUGAAAGGUUAUUUCAGCAAUGAGGAAGCUACGAGCUCUACACUUGAUUCUGAAGGAUGGUUAAGGACUGGAGAUCUCUGCUAUAUCGAUGAGGAUGGGUUCAUAUUUGUGGUUGAUCGGUUAAAGGAACUGAUAAAGUACAAAGGCUAUCAGGUCCCUCCAGCUGAGCUAGAGGCUUUGUUACUCACUCAUCCUGAAAUCGCUGAUGCCGCGGUUAUCCCGUUUCCGGACAGAGAAGUAGGGCAGUUUCCGAUGGCGUACGUUGUAAGGAAAGCAGGAAGCUUGUUGUCAGAGAAGUCAGUGAUGGAGUUUGUAGCAAAACAAGUGGCACCGUACAAGAGGGUACGAAAAGUGGCUUUUGUAUCUUCCAUACCAAAAAAUCCAUCAGGAAAGAUUCUGCGCAAGGAUCUCAUCAAGCUCGCAACUUCCAACUCCAAGCUUUAAAAUUGUUACGAGUCUUGUACUGUCAGCCAAUCUCCGUGCAUUAUUGUUGCUUGUAUUGUAGUAACUCUUGUCAGUUCUGUGAAAUAUAUAUAACCCUGAGGAUGGUUUACACAUAUAUAAUGUGGAGAACGAUGUUGUUUAUUUAAAAUAUAGAGCCUACUUUCAAACCA